AUGUUUCUUCUGGACAAUUUAGGAGCCAAGCAUUGUUUUAGAAACAAGAAAUUUGCCAUUGAAGCUGAAGCUCGCAAAUUCGUUGCCGAUAAUGAGUGUUCCAGGAUCAACCGGUAGCCGGUAACAGAACUGGUAACGCCUGCAGUAUCAACUCCAUCAACCAUGAGCAAGCGGACGCGCGAAGGAACAAAAUUUGCAGAAAUCAAUCCCGAAUUUGCCGGUGCCCCAGUUGUUUACACAGACGGAACCAAUUUAGACCAAUUUAGACCGGUGUACGGAACACCUGCCAACAACCGAGGAGAACUUAUUGCUUUCGAGAAAGCAAUUAAUUAA